AUGUCUGAAUCCCAAACUUCUGUAGAACUUCCCAUCUUAGACAUUUCUCAGCCACUAGACCCAUCUUUCCUGUCCAGCCUAUCAGAAGGCUGCAAAAAAUGGGGUUUCUUCCACAUUAUUAAUCAUGGAAUCUCCAUAGAUUUCUACAGAAAACUCUAUUUGCUCUCAAAAGGCCUCUUCAGCCUCCCUUCUGACACUAAAAUUAAGCUUGGUCCUUUCUCUUCCAUCAAAACUUAUACUCCUCAUUUCAUAGCCUCUCCAUACUUUGAGAGCCUUAGAGUUUCCGGGCCAAACUUCUUUGCCUCUGCCCAAACUUCUGCAGAUAUCCUCUUUGCCCAACAGAACUCUGAAUUCAGUGUGAUAUUACAGGAAUGUGGAAGCAAGAUGGCAGAAUUGUCAAAGACAAUCUUGAAGGUAUUGCUCUUGAGCUUAGGGGAAGGUUUUGAGGAAAAAUAUUAUGAGUCUGAAUUCAAGAAUUGCCAUGGAUAUUUGAGAAUAAAUAACUACUCACCUCCAGAGAGUUUGGAAGAUGAGGUUGAGGGGCUUGGAAUGCAUACUGACAUGAGCUGUGUGACAAUUGUCUGUCAAGAUGAAAUAGGAGGGCUUCAAGUGAGAUCAAAGGAGGGCAAGUGGAUGGACAUAAGGCCAUGUGAGGGGACCCUGGUUGUGAAUAUAGGUGAUAUGCUGCAAGCUUGGAGCAAUGAGAAGUUUAGAUCAUCUGAGCAUCGUGUCAUUCUAAAGCAACCGGCAAACCGCUUUUCUCUAGCUUUCUUUUGGUGCUUUGAGGAUCAGAAGGUGAUUAUGGCACCAGAUGAAGUGGUAGGAGAAGGAAAUAUGAAGCUUUACAAGCCAUUUGUUUGCUUAGAUUACUUGAAAUUCAGAGAGAGCAAUGAGAGGGGGAAGUUUGAAAAGGUUGGGUUUACAGUCAGAGACUUUGCAGGGAUUGAUCCCCAGAUUGAUGGUUGAAAAUAUAAAGUCUUUUUCAAUGUGUGUAGAUCAUAUCAUAUAUUUGAUCAUUUCCCAUCAAGAUAUUGAAGCUUUUAAGUAUGUAUUAUUAGUGACUGAAUUUGUAUGUUCUACUUUUUCCUUCUUUUUUUCUUUUGCCUGCAGUUUGCUGCAGGGAAAGUUGUGGGAGUUAGUUGAGUUUGGAGAGCUUUGACCUGUUGGUAG